GAUUUCCCUUUGUGUCUAGGGGCGAUCGACGGCAAACAUAUUCGCAUUAAAAAGCCUCAUCGGUCUGGAUCCAAGUAUUACAAUUACAAAGGCUACGGCUCAAUAGUUCUCCUGGCCGUUUCAGACGCAAAUGGAAAAUUUGUGAUAGUGGAUGUGGGUUCCUAUGGUGGAAAUAGUGACGGAGGCGUG